GGAUCUCCUCCAGAUUUUAAACACUUGUUGUUUGAGAAAGAACUCAGGUGGACACAGUUGAAAAAAGGGACAAGCCAAUCAGAUUGCACCUUCCCCUUUUGGCCAAUGACAGGCGCCACAUUGUUGUCAAAUUUGUCUAAUGAAAACGUAGGAGCAACAAUAGAGAGAGAGAGAGAUCUGUAUCUAGUGGCAAUCAUUCGAGUUAGUUAGUGUCUCACGCUGGUGCCAGUAACAACUUCAACUCUUUUUGGUGAAAUUAAGUUAAACGGGUCUUACUAUUUUCUCAUUGAUCAGGCGACAGACCUUGGAUUUUGAUUUUUAUAGUUUGGCAUUCCAAGACUAUCUGAACUUUUCCUUCCUAACAAUCCUCGUUUUUUCCCCACUUGUUUCUCAUUUUUGGACCAAUUGUUUUGGUGAACCGUAGCAGAAUUUUAAAGGAUAAACUAUAUUACCAAAGAAGAAUUCGAUGGACAAAACACAGGCGUAUGAAGAUUCUGUAACUAACAGUAUGGGGAGGAAUGCUUGAUUUUGUAUUAAAAAAUUGUAGGUGUACACCGUACAAUAAAUCAUAGACACGAUCUCAUUCUAAAAGUUGCAGCUUAGACAACCUAUUGCGUACCAUAAGAACCCGAUGUUCCUCUUCUACAAACUCCUUCUAAAUUGCCUUCUAAAUUAAGUUUGAAUACGUACCGUAGGAUCAGAAAGGAUCUCUUGAUGAUAUAUUUAAUUUUACGUCAACGUGGCGUCAAGAAACAAAUGCGUUAAAAAUUUCUUCCGAAUUUCACACUUCAACGUACGAAGUUGAGACUGAGGGGAAGGAAGUUGUAGUUAGCUUGUUAGAAGUAUAUACAAAUAUUAAAGAGGACAUGGAUAUGAGAUCAGACAUCUCUACAGCCCCAUCAGGAUCCCAGGUCCACCCUGGAGCUGCUGCCUCCAUCCCAGUUUCUAUGGCCAGCAGCCUUCUCCGGGGUCCCCCGUUGCUCCUCCGCGCCACGGAGAAGUAUCCCCGCACUCCCAAGUGCGCUCGGUGCAGGAACCACGGUGUAGUGUCAGCGCUGAAGGGGCACAAGCGUUACUGCCGUUGGAAGGACUGCAUGUGUGCCAAGUGCACACUGAUCGCUGAAAGGCAGCGCGUGAUGGCCGCACAAGUGGCCCUGCGCAGGCAGCAGGCUCAGGAGGAGAACGAAGCGCGAGAGCUACAGCUCCUGUACGGCACAGCGGAGGGUCUAGCACUGGCGGCUGCCAAUGGUAUUAUUCCACCUCGCCAAAACUAUGAGGUCUUUGGAUCUGUGAGCAACGAAUCUAACUCUGAUGGAAACAUUCAGAAGUUUGACUUGUUUCCGAAAGCCCAAAUACCGAGGUCAGUGACCCCACAGCAAGCUCUGGGAAAGUCAGUGUCCACUGACACAGAAUCCAUGCCAGGGAUUUCGUCUCCUGAGGUGCGCCAUGGCUCUGGUUCCGAGAACGGCGACGGAGAAUCCUCGUUUGUCAGUUCUCCCAUUUCCAAAACUCUGAAAGACGGAGAAGAGACCCCGGGCUCGAUCAGCCCCUUGGGGUCCGACUCCGGGUCGGAAACGGACAAGGACGAGCAGGAGCCGUCGCCGUCCUCCGCCGCCUCCAAGCAGAUGAACGCCAUCGACAUCCUGACCCGCGUGUUCCCCAGCCACAAGCGGAGCGUCCUGGAGCUGGUCCUGCAGGGCUGCGGGAAGGACGUGGUGCAGGCCAUCGAGCAGAUCCUCAACAACAGCGGGCAGCCCAAGGCCCCCGAGGAGGCGUGGACGGCCGAGCGGAUGCUCCAGAACGUGCAGCCCCCGUCCGCCUCCGCCGCUCCCAGGCCCAUGCUGCCUGGAGCCAUGACGCUGAGCAACAGGUCGGCCUUCUCCCCGCUGCAGCCCAACGCGCCGCACUUCGGCGCCGACCCCGGCACGUACCCCCUGAGCACCCACCUGGGCCUGAACCCCCUGCGGCUCGCCUACUCGGCCCACAGCAGAGGGCUGGCCUUCAUGACUCCCUACUCUACAGCUGGCCUGAUGCCAACUCUGGGCUUCAGGCCACCGAUGGACUAUGCGUUCAGUGACCUCAUAAGGGACAGAACGAUUUUGCACAAGGACUCGGGGUACACCAGUGGAUUGUACGGACCUUUGGUGAACAAUACCCCCGAUAAGCAGUGAGGUACUUACAGUACAAUUAUUCUGUCUUAAGUUGCUACACAGGGUCAUUAUAUAGUGGUUGACGAAGGCAUGCAAAUUGAUAUGACAAUGUAUUUGUGGCCAGACGUUUCUUAAUGGCUAAUAAUGCAUCUGGCUGUGUACAGACUUUACCUGUCAGAAAUGUCUGUAAAGAAAACAUUUCAGAGGUUUGCCCAAAACCGACAAGAAAUACAAUAUCAGCAAUACGUUAACUAGCUGGAAUUGUACCGAAGUCGAUAUGCGCCCGCUAAUCACAAAAUAAGACCAACACCACCGUAAUAGGCUUUUCUGAGCAACGUCGUAAAUGCCUGAAACGCAAUGUUUAAGGUGGUUAUUUGAGAAUAGCGCGCAGCUGAAAAUUUUAAUUUAAUACAUGAUGGUGGCUCUUAAUCAUUUUAGGUAUUGUGAUAGAUUGGAUCAAAAUUAAUUUGAUUACAAGUGGACCAGUGCUGAUUCCCGGUAACCAAUGAAGCAUAAUAAAUAUACAAAAUGAAAAAAGAAAAGAAACACACUCUCAGUAUCAGUCUUGUUAUUUGUGGGAUUCCAGUUUGAUUUUAUAUUUGGAUCCAAUUCUUAAAGAUAACUUUAGAAGCGGAGGGUCACCGGAUGACCAUCCGCUGAAGUCUAGAGUUCCUCGGUGCAAUUUUGUAAUAUCUUUUAACUGUUAUUUUAAUGUUCUUUCUAUUUUAAAGUUAUUGAAUCUCUAGUUACUAAUGUCAUCAUUAUGGGGCUUAAUUCAGUAUCAGUCUUAAGUGUGACCCCAUUUUAAACAAAUUAAAGUAUUUCUAAGUUAUUUCUCUAAUGUGUAGCUGGAUUUCUUUUUGUGUUCAAUAUUAUAGCCGAAAGCCUGACAUUUCAAAUUUAACUAAUGAAGUUUAGGCAUUUCUUGUUUUGUUUUUGUGUCUUCUUGUCUCUCAACAAUAUAUUGUAUAUUGCAUUUCUAGAUAAUUAUAUUAUAUUUGUAAAUGUACCCAACAUAAUCAGCGACAAUAUAGUUCUAUUUGGUGCAACUGCAUUAUUGUCUGUGCUGAACUACGUUUUGCUUUCCUAAUGUUUUCAGCUGUACAGUCACAUUAUGUGUGGCAUUUGCUAGAAAUAAAUGUUAUUUUCUACAAAAUGAAGAGG